CAAAAUCUGAUGAAGAUGAUGGUGAUACUGUCAGGGCAACUACCCCGUCUAGCCACUUUACUAGAAUAUAUGAUCUCCCUGAAGGCUUUACUGAUGCGUGGAUGAGCGGAGCGGGUAUGAAAAGGUUUACACCCGAAAGUGAGUUUGAGGUUGGUCAACAGUUUGACAACAAAGAACAAGUCAUCAAUAUUACCAGCUUGUAUUCUAUCAAAGGGUGUUUAAACCCAUUCGUGACCGUGAUUAUUCCCCGGAUUACCAUGGACCUCAUAUUGUGCACGAUCCAUCCAUGCUUCGGGCUAAGGGAAGACCUAAGUCCACACGUAUUAAGAAUGAGAUGGAUGAAGGUCCCCGAGGAACGGUUAGAUGUGGAAAAUGUAAACAAACUGGCCAUAAUAGGGCCACAUGUGCGAAGAGAUCAUCAAGAGAUGAAGGGGGGUCCACUGGGCAUGGAGGUGUCAGCGGAUCCUGGGCCGAGUGAUCGUUCUGUCCUGACAUUGCAGGCCACACACAAGAGUGAGGAUGUGUGGCGUGGCCUUGAUGUUCAGGUGGAUAGGUGCCGCGAGCACCUACGUGGUUUGUCGCAUGUGCAGGUGGACGACAUAGUACUUGCAUAUGUUCGUGCUGCGGGUUUUUAUGGUCUGCAUAGAUUGGUGGCUACUGUCCCUCUCGAUAGAGUGCUAUUCACUGCUCUUUGAAUUGGGGUAUGCAGUUGCCCAGUAAGGAUGGUCAUAUGGAGGUUUAACGGGGCAAAAAGAUAUAUGGUGACAUCCUCCAAAAAAGGAACAAAUAUUAUUCUUAGGCAGACAAGGUUGCGUGGUUGGAGGGUAUGAAUAAGGGAACUGAUAAUUUUGUGGUGUAGGAGAGUAAUUUUGAUGAGGUGUGUAAUAUUGAGGAGGAGGAGGAGGAGGAGAAAGAGGAAUGUAAGGAGAGUAUGACGUAUAUGGUGAAUAUUCCAUGGAGGUUUGAGGGUAAGGAAUUCCUCCAGGAAUUUGGCUGAAUGAGUUCAUCUCAUGCCUCUUAGAAUAAUUACCUAAAAGGUUAGCACAGAAAAAUCCUACGAAGAACAAAAAGAAAACUAACUAAAAAACAUCUCACUGAAAUUAAUUAACCCUUAAAACCGACACCGUCCCCGGCAACAACGCCAAAAACCGAUGUGAGUUUUCUCGCACUUAAAAUAGAUUGUAAUAUAGUGGUGUAAGUACGAGUAUCGUCUCCACAGGGACGGACAAAAGGGAAUCAAAGAUUAACUAAAUUCAGCGAUUAAAAAGAAAUAAAUAAAAAUGUGUCGUGCGACAUUGGUUGCUGGAAAAUAAAAAAGCGAAUAAAACGGUUAAACUAGGGGGUUCUUUCUAAUUAAUGACGACGGGAACAUGGAUUGAUUCCGGGGUAAUCAAAUUUCUGGCUGAUCAGGCCUAAUUACAUGAAAUUAAUUUAAUUGAGCGUAGCUAAUCACUACUAAGUUCUUACCGCUCUCGCGGCGUAGAGUACAAUAAUUUAGGGGAUCAGACUGAUCUCUCAUGCGAUAAGAUCCUAAAUUAUUGCCAAGACGAGCGAGCUGACGGCCCAUUAAUCGCUACUAAUCUCUUAGCGAACGAUUAAGUGUGUGUGAAUGUGUCCUAGACUAAAUUAGAUCUCUCUUAAUUUAUUCUACAAGCAAUUGUUAUUCUAGCCGCGGUUCCAGGUUACAAAAGAUAUCAAUUAAAUUAAUCAAACACAAAUUAAACGACAUUCAUGCAAUUAACCCAUCAAGAAUCUAGCCAUACAUCAUGAUCAACCCUUCAUCAGUCCCAAAUCCCUAAUUAAAACUACUCACAAUUAUAAUUGAAGAAUCAAUAGAAUUGGAACAAAAAGAAUUAAUUGUGAUUAAUUAAAAAGGUGAAACUUACAAAGAAUCCCAAAAGAUUGAUGAACAAGGCUGAAAAGCCCUCUAAAAUUCGUGCUAGGCACUCUCUCUAAGCCCCCCCCCCGCUGAAAAUGGGGGUUUACAGGCGGUUUAAAUAGAAAAAUCGGGUGAAAUUUGAGUUGGAUUGGGAUUUUCGGAGGCAGGCACGGUGCCAGGCACGAUCGUGCCUUUGACCGUGCCUCCGGAGAAAAAACGCGCAUUUUGGGAAGGCACGAUCGUGACUCCCUCCAGGCACGAUCGUGCCUGCCUGACAGUAGCUCCGCGAUGCUUUCUCUUCACGCAUGAUCGUGCCUGACUUUGAGGGCACGAUCGUGCCUACUUAACUUCCGAAUUUGGCAAUGCGUCCUUCAUGAAAGUUGUAGAUAAUGAAGUCAUAUAUCCACCACAACUUGCGGAAUUGGAUUUGAAUCAUCCAAUCAAGAUAUAUGAUCAAAAUGGUGGAAGGUCUCAUUCUGAAAUCGCAACAGGGAUCAUCUGACUUCAUCGUCUGUUUUCACCUUCUUCCUCUCAGAUUCUGGCAAAGGUGUCUUCUUAUGAUUUGUAGCUAUUGAAGUUGUCUUUCAUAUGCAACUUUAAUCGUGUCCUUUGGAUGCUUUUACAAAGAGAUAUGCUUUAACGAUUGACAGAAGGUCAUCCUGAUCGUCGUUUUCAAGCUCUAUUCGUCUUCUUUUGAUCCCAUAGCCAAUCCUAGAGCUCUUUUCUCAUCAAAUUUUCAUCGUAAACCUCCCGGUGACCUCCAAAGAUAUCAAAUCAAUCUCAAAUGCUUCUCAAAUCAUCCCGAUUGUUCCUCAAGCGCCGGUGCCGGGCUCAAAUUCCCUGAUUUUGAUUACAAACAACACAAAACUCGAACCAAUGCCCGGUAAACAUAACUUGAGCUAAAAUUGAGACUUGUAACACCUUAAAGCUAGGAAAAUAAUCAAAAUCCGUUCUCAACACGCAUCAAAUGCGUGUCAAAAUACGGACUUAUCACUCUUCUUGAGCGUUGGGGGCAGGAGACACACACAUUUCACCUCCCUGUGGUGAGGUGACAGUGACCUUGGGAGAUGUUGCUCUACUGACUGGGUUAGAGGUCGAGGGGAGAGCUGUUACUGGUACUGCUUGUCGACAGUGGGUUGAUGAGUGUGAGCGUUUGUUGGGUGUUCGCCCCGUUCUUCGGACUGACCUUCAGGGGUCAUCUCUGAGGAUGUCAUGGCUGAGGGAGCAUUUCGUUGUGCUUCAUCUGGACGCUGAUGAGGUGAUUAUCCAGCAGCAUGCACGGGCAUAUAUUUUGAGGCUGAUGAGAGCUUCCAUUUUCGCUGACACGAGCGAAAAUGAGAUUCAGGUUCUGCACUUGCUUAUGCUAGAGAGGUUUGAUGUAACAACACACUUCACUUGGGUAGUGCCACACUGGCUUAUCUGUACAGACAGAUGUGUCGCGGCUGCCAGAGUGGGAGCACAGAGCUUGGGGGAUUUUUGCUACUUCUCCAGAUUUGGUCAUGGGAGUACAUCCACAUUGGGCGUCCCAUUCUAGUGGCAUACCAUGGCAUUGGUGGACACCCACUGUCUAAUGAGCCUCCACUUCUCCUGGGACCAUAUCAUGUACGGGGCGAGUACCCUCUGGGCCGUCGAUGGCUAUUUGCUGAUCUAUAUUGCACGUCAUCGGCUUCUAGACUUGGUGUGUACAGGGAUGCAUUUGAUCAGAUGUCUGAGGAUCAGAUUACCUGGAUGCCAUAUACAGCUGAGAUGUGUGCAGAGUUGCCCCCCGCUGGACGAGAGCAUACUCACAUAUGACGAGCACGUGUGCCGUUGAUAUGCUUUGACAUUGUUGAGCUGCAUUUGCCUGAUUGUGUAUUGCGACAGUUUGGGUUUGAGCAGGUCAUUCCAACACCCAUCGACACAUAUGCAGAGCUUCAUAGGCUGGAUAGGCGUGGGAAGCAUACAUAGGAUUGGGCACUGAGACAUGUCCGAUACGUCACUAUGUGGGACAGGCGAGCUGAGCUAGUUGUGACUGAGACACCGACAUUUGUCCCGUCUGUUUCAGCCGACUACAUGGGAUGGUAUUACAACAUCACUCGCUUGUUUGUGUCUCCUUCGUUCAAACUUCCUACUCACCAUUAUCAGCCUAGCUCCUUGGCUUUGCAUUUGACAACACGAGCUUUGCAGCGUAUACAUCAGAGGGCUAUUGUCACAGUCAGUGAUGUGCAUGACAUGGACAUGUACGGACAGGCUCUGACAGACAUUGCCUCCUUGUGUUCAGACGUGUUGGGGCGAGUCGACUAUGUCUAUCUUAUACAUAUGCCCCCAUCUCAGGAUAUGCCAUCGACAUCUAGUGCAGCGGCAGCUUCAUCAUCCCAGACUCAACAUGAGAGAGUGGUUCUUCAACCGCAACAGCGGCGUAGGCUUAGGCAGCAACAACAACAUCUCCAUGACCAAGACGAUCAAGAAGACCAUGAGAACUUGUAGUUUGUCUUUUGUAUUGGAGUUGUUCUUGUACAUUAGAUGUUGUAGGAACAAUUGACUUUAUUUUACGUAUUUCCACCUGUAAACUCUUUUAUGAUGUGUUGAUGUGUUCAGUUAUGAAUAUUAGAUGACUAUUGUGUUAUGAAUAUUGGAUGAUUGUACUGUGUUUUACCGGUUAUGAAUCUACUGUUUUGUA